AUGCUAAAAUUCCGUUACGGUAAAUGCUACGGUGACAACACGCGGCAAAUACUUAAAGAAAUACGAUCCAAAGGACUUUUUAACAAGCCGCUGGAAUACAGGCCACGCGACUUUUACGAGCUGGACAAUAUGCCGCGGCGCAACGCGCCAGCUUCUGACGUCUACGACGGCGUCAAGCACCGACAGCCCGUCUACAUGACCGGCUACACGGGCUAUGUACCAGGAAUGCACUUCAGAUAUGGCAAAUCGUACGGCCGGGCGGCGGACGACUGCAUGGCCGAUUUUACGGAAAGCCAACGCGAACUUAAACGCAAAACGGACUUGAAUAAGAGUUACGUGCGAUCCAGAAGUGCUCCAAAAAUGGAAACCAUACAUUCAAGGGACGAAAUAAGACGUGACUUGAGUAGAUUCAGAGAAAUCAAUAAAUAUAAAGACCACACAAUCUCACCAGAAUUUCCGCCGAUAGCGGGAUACACGGGACACAUACCACGCAUAAAGGGAUCGGAAGCGUCACUGAGCCAAAGAUACCAUUGCGCUGCGAAACGCGGCUUGGAACUCAUCAAAAUGGAGAGGGACAAACGGAAGGAGCUGCACGAAGCCGACGUCAACAUAAAAUCCAUUCUGAAGGGAGACAACAAGAAGUAUUCCUAUUGGAAUUGGGGA